AUGGAAAAAGGCGGAUACAAACCUGAUGAUGAAGGUAUUCAUGACAAACCACAUGGACACAAUCAUGUUGGAAUCUUGCCUGAAGACUGUCCUGGGCCAGAUCUAUUACAUUUAAAAAAAGGUGAAAUUGGUAUCCCAGGCUGUGGUAAAGCAUCUACUGAGCAGGAUAAACUACCAAGACAUUUAAAGGAUUUUAAUGCAGAUGAAAUGGUGGAGGCUCAAAUGAACGAGAACACCAUUCCUGCCGGUUGUCAAGAUACCUCUAUGAAAUCUUUCAGUCCACAAAUUGAACAAUCUAUUCCUGGUGCUGGCUGUCCCAUGGCAAAACCACAUCAUAUUGAACCAUGGAGUAACCCAUCUCAAGCAACAACAGCAACAAAGGGGAAUUCGAAUACAUGUGACAUGAUUGAGUCUAAUUUACUUUCAAGAUCAAGAUCAGAUAAUGGUAAUGAUAAUGAUGUUAAAGACUAUGGCUUUGGUUCAGGUGAUCAAAGUCAAGGGUAUGAAUAUCAAACGCCAAGGUCUGAACAACGUAAAGAACCUUCUCAUGAUCUCAGUAAACAAACACAUGGGUUGAAUAUUGUGGAUAAUUCAUAUGAACCAAUUUCUAAAUGA